AAUCAAAAGAAAAACAAAGGUUAAUGAUCGGAGCAGAUUAUAAACCAGUUUAUAGACCAGGAUGCAGUCAGUCAAGAAGAUUUCGAGAUGUCAGGGUUGAAGCAUCUUUUGCAGUUUGAAAUGCCUCUGAUGUCACCAGGUGUUCAGGAAAACUUUCUGAGUGGCUCAUACAGUAAAAGGCACGAGGAUGGUUUAAAUAUGAGCCGUGGUGGCAAUUUCUCUGAAGUUUAUCAAGUCGUUUAGCUUCAAUUUGCAGGGCUUCAGGAAAAGGGCAAUUUUAGUUCUCAAUGAUUCCAACGCAAUGAUUCCAAACUCAGUUUUAGUUCUCAGUGAUUCCAACUCAGAAGGGUGAGAGAAAAUUGGAAACAUUAAAGAGUUGUAGCCAGAUAUUGGAGGAAACUAGAAAAAUUCAGGAUCCAGUCCAGUUUUCAGGUAAAUAACAAAACCUCAAUGAAAACUAAUAGCACUAGAAUCAUAUAUACAAGUGUGCAUUAUAGUUUCUAUUGAAACAUAAUUUUAUUCUCUAAAAUCACUCUAAUUUCUACCAAAGAUAGCCAAAUUAAGACGAAUUUGUUUGCAGAGUAAGUCUAGAUUCCAUAAACUCGGCCUGAUUAUUUAUACAAGUCCAGCAAGAAUAGGGCUUAGCCAUAUAGGCUCUUCUGAAUCUGCUUUGCUGGAACUUUUCAUGAGACAUUAAAGCAGUUAGUCAUUAUCUUGUUUGUUUGUUUGCUGACAAACUGCAACAGAGACAACAUUAGCCCGUUUGACUAGUACACUCAGGUAGAACAAAGGUUGUUUAUCUACAUUACAUUUAAUGCUAACUCUGAAGAUAUACCUGUAUUAAUUUAACCAACAAGUAGCUUUUAUUUCCUAAAGAUUAUGAAAAACGUUUGGGUUAUUUUUUAUUACAUAUUUGAGACUUUUUAUAUUAAAAAGUCUUGUUUAUUUAAGCCAAUUAAAUAGAGCUCUUUUACAGAUUAACUUUGGCAAUGCCAUCCAGAGGUAACAUACACAUAUGGACAUAUAGAUAAACUCAACCAGAGAUCUCAUAGUUCUCAUUUUAAAACUUUAGCCAUGAAUCAGGUACAAUAGAAAACUCACUAGUUUAUCAGUAACAGUUGGAAUGAAUUAGAUUAUUUGCUCAGCUAGCUAGUCUUUUAUUAUUUGUGUAGAAGACUUUUAAGAUCUGUAUUUGCCCUUGACAAGCAAUUCUAGGGAGGCUGUGACUUAUUAGAGUUUGAGCAAGAAAGUCCUUUUAACAGUGGGUGUUUGAAAAAGCCUCUCUCUCUUUUUUCCUUUAAUUUCAGGUUUUACUGAUUGAAUUAGUCCGGGCUCAGGCUCAGGCUCUGUGGGCUGUGUUUAUAUUCAAAUACAUGACUUAUAACUUGAAGGGACAGAGAAAGAAAAUAUGUUUUGGAGUAUACUUGUCUAUUAUCAUAGGUCUUAGGGUAAUUAUUAUUAAAUGUUUUUCUUAAGUACAGGACAAGUUUGCGCCAAUAUCCUGAUCUACUAUAAUAUCGGCAAGCAUUUUGAGAGGACUAGGACUGUGUGACCUUUGAGGACGUGACCAUUUACUUCUCCCAGGAGGAAUGGGGACUCCUUGAUGAGGCUCAGAGACUUCUGUACUGUGAUGUGAUGCUGGAGAACUUUGCACUGAUAGCCUCACUGGGACUUACAUCCUUCAGGUCUCAUGUAGUUGCCCAGCUGGAGAUGGGGGCAGAGCCCUGGGUGCCUGACCAAGUUGACAUGACGUCAGCCAUGGCAAGAGGGGCAUAUAGAGGGCCUGGCUCAGAUUUUUGCCAUGGAACAGAGGGUGAGGAGUCACCUGCUGAGCUUAGUGUUUCUGUAGAAGUGUCACAGGACAUGAAUCCCAAGGUGGUUCCAUCCACCCAGAAGGGCUACCCCUGUGACCUGUGUGGCCUACACCUGAAAGACAUUGUGCACCCGGCUGAACACCAGGCAACACAUCCCAGGCAGAAACCACAUGUGUGUGAGGCAUACAGGAGAGAGUUCAAGUUCAAUGCCAACCUUCACCAACCACAGAUGCAGCAGAACGUGGACAAGCCUAUUGCAAGGAACGAAGGCAGCGCCUCGCUUGUGAAGAGCUGCAGAGAUGACACAUCAAAGAAACCUUUCACACUUAGGGAGGGUGGGAAGGCCUUUGUGUCCAGAUGUGGUUUUCUCCAGCACCAGGUCACUCCCCGUGUAGUGGAGCCACACCAGAGCUCCGAAGGCGUGGUGGAUUUUCCCACUAUGCAAUGCGGUAAGAAGUGCAGUGAAUUUCAGAACGCUCUCAGUGACAAAUCCUCACUUGUUCAGCAGAGAACCCACACUGGAGAAAGGCCUUAUGAGUGCAGCAAAUGUGGGAUAUUCUUCAGCUACGCCGCUGGCCUCUUUCAACACCAGAGAGAUCACAAUCGAGGAAAGCCUUAUGAGUGUGGUGAAUGUGGGACAUUCUUUAGCCAGCAGUCCAGUCUCAUCAAACAUCAGAGAGUUCACACUGGUGAAAGCCCUCAUGUGUGCAGCGAAUGUGGGAAAUUCUUUAGCCGAAGCUCCAAUCUUAUUCAACAUAAGAGGGUGCACACUGGAGAAAAGCCUUAUGAGUGCAGUGAAUGUGGGAAAUUCUUUAGCCAACGUUCCAACCUCAUUCAUCAUAAGAGGGUUCAUACAGGUAAAAGUGCUCAUGAGUGCAGCGAGUGUGGGAAAUCCUUCAACUGCAACUCCAGCCUAAUUAAACAUUGGAGAGUUCACACUGGAGAAAAACCUUACAAGUGCAAUGAAUGUGGAAAAUUCUUUAGCCACUUUGAUGGACUUGUUCAACAUCAGAUAGUUCACACUGGUGAACGACCCUAUGGGUGCAGCGUUUGCGGGAAAGCCUUUAGCCGAAGCUCUGACCUCAUGAAACAUCAGCGAGUUCACACUGGUGAACGACCUUAUGAGUGCAGUGAAUGUGGGAAACUGUUUAGCCAAAGCUCCAGCCUCAAUAGCCAUCGGAGACUUCACACUGGUGAACGGCCUUAUCAGUGCCCUGAAUGCGGGAAAUUCUUUAGCCAACGCUCCAGCUUCAAUAACCAUCGGAGACUUCACACUGGUGAGCGGCCUUAUGAGUGCCUUGAAUGUGGGAAAACCUUCAGGCAAAGUUCUAAUCUGAGGCAGCACCAGAAAGUUCACAAACCAGAUAAGCCAUAUAAGUGCAAUGAAUGUGAAAAAGCCUUCAGCCAAAGGUCUACCCUCAUCCGGCAUCAGAAAAUUCACACUAGAGAAAGGAGUUCAGAGAAUGUGCACCCUCCUUCUUCAGCACGACAGCACCCACUAGAGAGUAACUCUGAGAGUGGUCUUUAUGAGGGAGCUGUCAGCCAGAAGUUGAACCUUGUUCAUCCAAAUAUCUAUGCUGGAGAGAUUCCCAAUGGGUGCUAGAUAUAUUGGAAGCUUUCUGGAGCAAGGUUGCAUUUUCUGACCACAAACUUUGCCAGAGUUUUUCUCACUGCUAAUGUCUGUGGUAGAAGUCAUCUCAGUUCUACCCACUGGCAGGUGUCCAGAGUGUGCAUCAGCCACUUUCCUGUGCUCACGGAAGACAGGCCUCUGUUUCCUCUUUCCAAGAGGGAAUCAUGAGUAGCCUGAGGCCAUGGGAAGAUGUCAUUCCCUCCCCCUGUGACUGGUUUAGCUGUGGACAUGACCCAUCUUUGGCCAUGAAGACCUGAGCUGGGUCCUACUGGCAGCUUGCAGAGGUUUCCCUUUUCCAAGGACAUUUGUUGAUCUUGUAUGAUGCUUGUGAUGGAUUCAUCCAGCUUCCACAUUACCCACCUUAACAACUAUUUACUUUACAUUGCUCUGGUUUGGGUGAUAAGAGCCUUAUUGAUAAAGCCACCUUUAAUCUCCUGUGUUCUGAUAACUGUGGAGUGGGUUGAGAACAGAAUUAAGGUCUACCAAACCAAAGGGGUCUCCAAAUUUAUUGCCUCAGGGAAGAGCAGGAUGGCAGAGUGCAGUUUUCAGUCCAGAUUUGGCCUCAUUUGUGUUGCUACCCAAGGCAUCCUAGGGAAGCUUGUAGGGCUUUGUGGGCCUAAUGUUGUGGUCUGAAUGGCAUGAAUUUUUGUGAAUCAGAGAUUACUCUGAGGAAGGGGAGGCUGUGCAACCUCCAGUGCAUCUGGAAGCAGCAUGAGUUGGGCCCCUUGUUUACUGGGGAUGCCUCCUAUUCCUUAGCACUGUUGAGUAGACACUGUUUACCUGGCCCCUGCCAAGGAGUUAUAUGCCCUUGAUGUUUAAUGUUCCAGUAUAUGUCACCUACUGUAAGACUUACUGGGUCCAGUUGGCAAACUAGAGGGAAUGUACCUGUUCUAAAAGUGCAUCCACAAAUGUUCCCUUAAAUGUGACUGUGCAGGAUUCAGGAUUUGCAGAAGUUCUCAGGACCUCUAGACCUCUGUCCUUAUGACUAAGGUCACCGGCAGAGCAAAUUAUCUCAAGGUUUUGUGGAAUACUGCAGGCUCUCUGCAUUAUUCAUGUCAAAGCCAUUGCUGUGUUGGCAGGAAAAUGGGGACUAAGAGAAGGUAGAUCCUGUACACCAGGGAUGAGGCAUUUGUGACAUAGCCAGCCAUCUCUGCUGCCAACACAUGAGGAGAGAGGUAGUAGAGUCAACGUGGGGUUGCCAAAUCUUCUAGUUUUCCAAAAUGAGUAGGAGAUCAGAUUUUUAUGUGCAACAAUUUCUUUUAAUGCUUUGUUGAGAUACAAUUUUCAUGCAAUAAUUGGCUGUAUGUAUUUAAUGUGUACACUUUGAUAAGUUUUAAAAUAUGUAUACACUCAGGGAACCAACAACACAAUUAUGAUAACGAACUUAUCCAUCACCCACAAAGCUACCUCAUGCCCCUUUACUAUCCCUCCUUGCCUUCCCCAGGGAACCAUUACCUACAUCCCAAGGAAACCAUUGAUUUACCUUUUUUUCACUAUAGAUUUGUUUGCCUUUCCUAGAAUUUUAUACGAUUGGAAUCAUAAAGUAUUUAUACUCUA